AUGAAAGAGAGAGGCAAAGCUGUGGAGAUGUACAGCAAUGGAUCGUUCCAAGAUUACAGCUCUUUUUCAUCUGAUCUUCCAUGCAAGAAACACCCAUCAUCUUCUUCAGUUGGUAUAUGUGCUUAUUGUCUCAAAGAUCGUUUAGUCAAGUUAGUCUGUUCUGAUUGUGGAGAGCAAAGACUCUCUUCUUGCUCUUGCUCUGAGAUCUCUUCCAAUCGCAAUUCCUGCACUGUUGAGGUAGGCAGUGUUGGUCGCAUUUCAUUCUUGAUAGAAAACGAUAAAAAAACUGAUAUUUUUUCCCAUUCAAAUUCUAAGCCCAAACCCAGUGGAGACAAAGCAGAUGAAAUAAUCUUGCUUAAGAGAAGCAGUAGUAGCUGUGUUGAGAUCAAGAGAAAAGGUGGGUUUUGGAGAAUUGGCAAGUUAUUCCGCAAGAAAAGAGAAAAGGAUUGUGAGAGAAGCAGUAUUGAUGGCUUCGAAGAAAAAAGUGAUCUCUGGGUUGUUGAUUACAUGGGUGUAUCGAGGUCCAGGUCUCUAUGCAGUUUCAGAGGAGGUGGCUUUUUUGGUUCUGAAGAUGGAACCUUUUCUGGUGCCAGGAGUUCUAUUUCAGCUGCUAGGAGUUCCAUUUCAGCCGCUAGAAACUCUGGUGUGAAUGGCGGUAUGCUCUUUGAUCCUGAGAGAAAAAGUGGGUUCAGUGAAGCAGAGCCAAGAAAAAGUGGUUUCGAUGGUGAAAAGAAAGACGCUAGUGUCUUGGAUCCAGAAAAACUCGAUCCUGGUUUUAGUGGAGCCAAUACAAGACGUGUAUUUUCACUCAAAGAAGGCAAUUUUACUACAAUGGAGGAUUCAGGCUUCAUUGACCUCAAAUUUGAUUUCCCAUCAGAGCCCAAGUCAGAUUUAUCUUCUGUCAAGAUUGGUGGUGCUUUGUCAGAUUCAAACUCUGCUUUUGGUAGCAUGAGGGGCAGUGAUUUUCUGACACAGGAUCAAUGUGGAGGGCCUUUUGGGAGUCUUGUGGGAGAUGGGAUGUAUACUAAUGGAGGUUCAUGUAGAAUCACAGUUAGUGACAGAGGAAUUAAAAGGAGCAGGAAAAGUUUCAAGAGUUGGAGAUGGAUUUUCAGGCACAAUCCAAAUUCAAGGAAGAAAGAUGAAGAACCUGUGGUCAAGCCCUUAGCUUAG